GAAAACAAAAUUUCAGUCAUUGUUGUUGUUUUUUUUAUUCGAAUUUUUAAAACUGCCUAAUAAUUUCUACAAUUUCUAUUUAAAACCUGUUCAAUUAUUUCGCUACGAUACAGUUAAUAUCGUCUUUUGCUGUGAGCAAAACCGUAAGUUCCACCGGAAUGUCGAAACUGUGCUGCAUCCCGAUAUGUCCCAACUCGAAAACCAAUCGCGGAACUCCGUGCUAUCCGUUUCCCGCGGCGGACCCGGUGCUGCGUGGGAAAUGGAUCGAAUUCGUCGGCACAGAAUCGCACCGGUUCCGCUGGAGAAGCAAGUACAUCUGUGCGGAGCACUUUCACCAGUUGGACCUGGUUGAGGACGGAAGUGGCCAGCGUCUCACGGCAGAUGGGGCAAUACCGACCAUAUACUCUCCUGACGAAGCGGACGAUGACGUACUGGUCGAAAGAGAUCGAGUAAUGGUAUCGGGGUCGACAUCGUCCGCGAAGCCAAACGAGUGGACUGAACUACAAUCCAUGUUCUGUAGAAUUUGCCUCAAGAAAUCAGCGGGAUUGAUUCCGUUCAAUUCGAAGCUCCACAACGAGAACCUGGUCGAUGUGGUCUACACAAUCACGGGAUUGGAGCUCGACGAAGGGGAAACGAAUUUACCGAGUAAGAUUUGUGCCUGCUGUGUCGGGAAGAUCGACUUGGCAUUCAACGUACGGAAAGAGUUUCUGCACCAGGAGAAAGUGUUGAGGAACAUGAUCAGCAAUGGUCAGUUGGAAGCGCACUAUCGAUCCUAUGAUAAUCAUGUCAUAAAGUGGAAGAAUCAUGAUGAAGUAUACCUCUCCAACCUGAUGGAGAAUGUUAAAACGGAACUGAUUAUAGAACCGGUAGAGGAGAUGGAAGAGGAGCACUUGCAGGACGAAGAGGAAGAUACGACAGAGCCACCAGCUGAAAGUGGGUCAGCAGGUUGCGAGCCGCAAGAGACUAAAGUAACGGUAGAAGACUAUUCCCACUCGGACGAAGAGAAAAAUUCUAAGAAAGUCGUCUACUCUUGGAAAGAUCUGUACAAACCAAAACGUCCUCGCCAGGCGAAGGAAUAUAAAAUUACGGAAGAUCUGCCAGAGCCGGAGCUGAUUCCCAAUACUUGCUACAUUUGUGAUACGGUUUAUGAAGAUGCCGUAGCUUUGGAUGGUCACAUUGAGGGGCAUGUCCAACUUGUACCGUACAAUUGUAGCCAGUGCAGUACCGAAGAGUAUCCACAGGUGCUGAAGUCUCUUAUAACCUUGAACAAGCAUCUACAGUCCCAUCUGUAUCCGUACGUUUGCGAUUACUGUCCACUGCGUUACAUCAACAAAAAAAACUACAUUCUCCACAUGCGAUCGAAGCACGAGAACAUCAGUUCAGAUGGAUUCACCUGUGAUGACUGCGGACAGUUCUUCACCAAUAAGCGAUCCUUCUCCACUCAUAUCUACAAGCAUAGGGCCAUCAAGGAGGAAAAGUACAAAUGCGAACAUUGCGGAAAAGCGUUCAGCAACGCCGCCUUGCUAACUCGUCACGUAAGAAUUCAUACCGGCGAACGGCCGUACGAAUGCAAUAAAUGUGGGAAGCGCUUCAACCACGAGUCCAUUUUCCAAGUCCACAAACGAUCUCACAUCGGCGAGAAGGCCCACGUCUGCCCUGAAUGUGGCAAGCGAUUCAUCAUCGCUCCUCAGCUGCGCUACCACAUGGCGGAACACUUCCCGGAUGAUCCACGAUAUCGCACCCAGUACACCAAAAACCGACCUCAGUACCAGUCGAUUAGGGACGCAAAAGCCCCCGCCCGAGCCAUUGUCACUGACGGUAAACUGAGCAACCCCAAGGAAAGAGUUUGCGAGUUCGAAAACUGCUCUUAUACGACAACUUCGGCCCAAUGCUGGCACUAUCACCGGUCGAUGCACAUCCGCAAGUUCCAGUGCGAAAUCUGUGCCAAGCGGUUCCCCGCGCGGCAGGCCCUGGUAAAACACGUCGAAACGAUCCACGAAGGCAAACCGGUGGAGAAGAACUUGGCCUGCACGUACUGCGACAAGAAGUUCAGCAACAACCAGAAGCUGCGGUGCCACAUGGACAUCCACGAGAAUAACCGCCGGCACAAGUGUAGCUAUUGUGAGAAGGCUUUUGUUCAAGUGGCCAACCUCAAAGCACACGAGCGAAUCCACACCGGGGAGAAGCCGUUCCCGUGCCGAACGUGUUCGGCGGCCUUCAUCACCUCGUCCGGGCGGAAGAAGCACGAAAAAACACAUUCGGAAUUGGACGGACAGCAGUCGAUGCCGACGAAGGUGGAGUCUGGUUACGCCGAGUAGGUGAGUACAUGACGUAGUUUGUAAAAACUUGAUAAAUAUGACGAUAAUGUUCGAUGA